AAGUGUGUCCCCAGCGGCGGCCCGUGCAGCGCUCCCGCGAGACGCUCACAUGCGCCCCAGGUGAGCGGCGAGGGGGGCGGGGGGAGGGGCCGAGCCGGAGGCCGCUCACCUGGCGGGACAGGUGCCUGGCUGCAGCAAACCAUGUAAUGAGCCAUGCCCCGUCCUGGACACCCCCGCCCAUCAUCUGGGCCCCCACGCUUGGGACCCUGGGAGCAGCCUACGGAGCUAUGCCUGGAGACCUAUGAUGAGCCAUCUCAGCUCCCACCAAGCCGCCGCACCCGUAGGCCAGACCCCAAGGAUCCUGGCCACCAUGGGCCCGAGAGCCUUACCUUCAUCUCUGGCUCUGCUGAGCCCGCUGCAGAGCCCCCAGCCUGCUGCCUGCUCUGGCGGCCCUGGGUGUGGGACUGGUGCCGGGCUGCCUUCUGCUUCCGCCGUUGCCGGGGUUGCCUCCAGCGCUGCGGAGCCUGUGUACGAGGCUGCAGCCCGUGCUUGUCCACCGGGGACUCCCCUGAGGGGGCUGCCGAAGCCAACUGGGCCAAAGAGCACAACGGAGUGCCCCCCAGCCCCGACUGCGCACCCCCCAGCCGGCGGGAUGGCCAGCGGCUCAAGUCAACCAUGGGCAGCAGCUUCAGCUACCCCGACGUCAAGCUCAAAGGUAUCCCUGUCUAUCCCUACCGCAGCACCACCUCCCCUGCCCCUGAUGCGGACUCCUGCUGCAAGGAGCCACUGGCCGAGCCCCCACCCCUGCGGCACAGCCUGCCGAGCACUCUUGCCAGCAGCCCCCGGGGCUCUGAGGAAUACUACUCCUUCCACGAGUCGGACCUGGACCUGCCUGAGAUGGGCAGCGGCUCCAUGUCGAGCCGAGAGAUUGAUGUGCUCAUCUUCAAGAAGCUGACAGAGCUGUUCAGCGUGCACCAGAUUGACGAGCUGGCCAAGUGCACGUCCGACACCGUGUUCCUGGAGAAGACCAGUAAGAUCUCGGACCUUAUCAGCAGCAUCACCCAGGAUUACCACCUGGAUGAGCAGGAUGCCGAGGGCCGCCUGGUACGCGGCAUCAUUCGUAUCAGUACCCGCAAGAGCCGCAGCCGCCCGCAGACCACAGAAGGGCGCUCAACCCGGCCUGCUGCUCCUGCUACCGCUGCCCCUGACAGUGGCCAUGAGACUAUGGUGGGCUCGGGGCUCAGCCAGGAUGAACUCACAGUGCAGAUCUCCCAGGAGACGACUGCAGAUGCCAUCGCCAGGAAGCUGAGGCCUUAUGGAACCCCAGGAUACCCAGCCAGCCACGACUCGUCCUUCCAGGGCACUGACACAGACUCCUCAGGGGCACCCCUGCUCCAGGUGUACUGCUAACCCCCGCCAGGCCCAGUGGCCACCACCUCGUCUGAAAGAAGCACAGCCUGCAGAAUGAAGAGGGGCACCAAGACCCCCUUUAGGGAAGGCAGUGCCCUCUGGCUCCUCCGCCUUGGCUGACUGGUUCCUGGACCAAGUGCAUUUCACUGGGCCAUGGUGCCCAAAUUCUCCUACUAGAUCCCCAGCUGGCCUGAUCUGUCCCUUUCCGCCCCUGGCGUCAGGUGGAAAGCAAAGACUUUGGAGUUACCUUCUGGGAUUGAAUCCCAGUUCUACCCCUUAUAACCUGCCACCCUAACCAAUCAUGGGGGUUCGGGGGUGACAGCUAAAAGAAGCUUAUCUUACAUUGGGUUGGGGGCAGGAGGGCCUCUGAAAUUUUGUGGGCAGUGCCUACUCCAUGUCAUAUUCUGUUGAGCAGUUUAAAUCUUCGUUGUUCCACAUACUAACAUGUCUAGUUGCAAGCACAAAAGAAAUAAAGUUGUCUGUCUUAUCUUGA